AAAAAAAGAAAAAACAAACUUGACCCCUCCUUAUUCGUACUCUGAACCGCCACUGCUCCCAAGCUUUGAAAGCAACAGAAAUCUAAGGGAUGGAGGUUAAGGACAGAAAAACGGAAGUUCCUGAGAGUUUAGUGCCCACGACCCCACCCCGAUGGCGGCCACUCCCCUGUUAAUAACUUUGAAGUUCUAGCUGGCGUCGACCUCAGUUCAUUGUUGCCCUUGGCCACAGAACUUUGAAGUCUCUGCAGGGAGCAAGAAAGCAGGCAGGGGCAGCAUCUCCGCCGCAGCCGGGCACCCGCAGCAAUCACGCCCUCCAGCAGGGACACGGGCGCUCGGGGACCAGGUAGGGGAGCUCUUUUGUGUACGUAGGAACCAGGAAACGAAACCGAGAGAGCUUCCCGGCGCUAAGGUGGCUUGGAGGUUGCCAUACCUCGCCUGGAGGCAGCAUCGGCACAGCGGCAGCCACAGAACUCUUUAAGUCAUGGAAAAACAAAUUGCAGAUGGGCAAAUGAAUGCUUCUUAUCCAGGAACAGAUUUACCACCUGGAUAUCCCCCUGAAUAUCCUUCAGCAGCAUUCCAAGGACCUCCAGGACAUACUGGCUACCCUGGCCCCCAGGCUGGCUACCCUGGCCCCCAGGCGGGCUAUCCUGGCCCUCAGGGUGGCUAUCCAAUUCCACCAGCUGGUUAUUCAGGUGCUGGCCCAGUAGGCUUUCCUGUCCAACACCAGCCAGUGUAUAAUCAGCCAGGUGGGCCUGCAGGGGUGCCAUGGAUGCCUGCACCACCACCUCCAUUAGACUGUCCACCUGGAUUGGAAUAUUUAAGUCAGAUUGAUCAGAUACUGGUUCAUCAGCAAAUUGAGCUUCUGGAAGCCUUAACAGGUUUUGAAACUAAUAACAAAUAUGAAAUUAAGAACAGCUUUGGACAGAGGAUUUACUUUGCAACAGAGGAUACGGAUUUCUGCACCCGAAAUUGCUGUGGGGAUUCUAGGCCUUUUACCAUGAGGAUUCUUGAUAAUAUGGGCCGAGAAGUUAUAACUCUGGAGAGACCACUAAAGUGUGACUGCUGUUGUUGCCCUUGCUGCCUUCAGGAGAUAGCAAUCUAUGCUCCUCCUGGUGUACCUAUAGGUUAUGUUAUUCAGACCUGGGAUCCGUGCCUGGCAAGGUUUACAAUUCAAAAUGAGAGGAGAGAGGAUGUACUAAAAAUUAUUGCUCCAUGUCUUCUAUGCAGCUGUUGUUCAGAUGUUGAUUUUGAGAUUAAAUCUCUUGAUGAAGAAAAUGUGGUUGGCAAGAUUUCCAAGCAGUGGACUGGUUUCGUGAGAGAGGCAUUUACAGAUGCUGAUAACUUUGGCAUCCAGUUCCCUUUAGACCUUGAUGUGAAAAUGAAAGCUGUGAUGCUUGGUGCAUGUUUCCUCAUUGACUUCAUGUUUUUUGAAAAGGGAAGCUGAGAAUAAAAAGGAACAUGGUAGUGGAUUAAUGAAAGUCUCCUCAGAAAGUUUGAAGUCUGUGUAUUGAUUGGGACUAUAGAAAAGAAAAGCUCACUGUUUUUUUUUUCUUUAUUGAAAUGACUUAUAGCAUAUGUGAAUUAUACUGUGAUGCCUGAGGCUCCUGUUAUAUAUGACUUUUUUAUAUCACUUACUUAUCAAUGUUUUUAUGCAUUUUCUUUUAUUUCAUACAUUUUCUUUUUGUGUAUUUUGGAGAAAGGACAUGGGAAUUUUUACAUUUAAUCAUGAAACUUCCCAUGGUAAAUUGUUUUGAACUGUGAUCUCUUUUAUUUUGUUUUUAUAGAAAAUUAAAGCCUUAUAAAAGUAAUUUUAAUAUAAAAAGUUACAUUUUAUUAAAUAUAGUUCCAAUUUACUUGACAUGUGUAACAACUAAUGUUACUUUGCAAAUACCGUAUAUUCACAUAAGUUAAAAAUCAAUAUAAUUUCAGUUUUCUUUACAGUUAUGUUAAAGUAAUACUUAAUAUUCAUAUUACCAAGGUACUUAAAAUGUAUAUUUGUUUUUUGUUCAGCAAAUUACAGUAUAUUUCAUUUCUUUUAUAAGUUAAUCUGCUACUAUAAAAAGAUUUUCAUAUUGACAAGACAAUAAAUUACUGAUGUUCUAAUGAUUUCCAAUGAAAAAGAUCUGUCCUAAAGAACACAUUUAAAGACUCACUAUAAACCUGGGACUUGUUAUAAUUUUUCAAGUAAUUACUUACACAUGGAAUGAAUGGUUAGCUCCUGUGUUCAUUUUAUCAUUCAUAGAGGUUAGAGUAAUGGUCUGUUAGAUUAUUUACACCAACAAUCAAAUAACUGAUUUAAAAAUUAUUGAUAUAUUUCUUUGCAUAUUUUUUAUUUUUAAAUAAACUGUGAAUAGUCAAUU